UGUUAUCAUAUAAUUCUUCUUCUAUGUCAUCAUCUUCUUCUGCGUCUUUUGAUCCCAAUAAUAAUAAUAGUAAUAACAUUUCCGCUUCAAAAAGCGCCACAACUCCUGGUUGUCUAGCUGCCAUUUUACGUAGAAUUCUUUGCUCUAAGACUCUCCCUUCUGAUCAAAUCACUAACACUGACACUCAGGUUGGUUCUAUUUUAUGUGAAAAGGACCUAGAAUGGAAGUCUGAAGACAAGGCUAUGCCCAGUCUUGUUGCAAGAUUAAUGGGUUUGGAAGGCGUUCCUAAUUCGAGUACUGGUAAAAUAUCUCGAAGUCGAUCAAUGAAUUCAUUGGAUUUUGAGGCAAGUAGUGGUCAGACGGAAGGUGAUGAUAAUAAGCAUAGAAGAGUAAAGAGUAGUACAUUGUCGAUUCAAGAGAUGCCGACUUUUUUUGAGGUAGAAAAUGAAGAAUUCUUUGUUCUCAGCUUUGGUAAUAGAAAUGAAGAUGAAGAAAAAAGGACAAGAAGGAAGAAAUGUGAGAUGGGUCGUGGAGAAUUGAAGCAGAGAAGAGGAGACAGAUGUCGAAACAAGGAGCAGGGAGUCUUUAAUAAGCCUGAAAAUCCAUGUGUUGGCUCAGAAAUUAUGGAGUUUUCAACACCUAUAAAGAACAAUGAAGUAUAUGAAGGAGCAAAAUUAAGGAGAAGAAGGAAGAAGAAGAAGAAGAAAGUUCAAAGUAUUGAACUUGAGUCCAAUUCAGAAGAUUCAAGCCCAGUUUCUGUUCUUGAUUUUGAUCAAUUCAUUAUGUCAGAGUUGGAUUGUUCAAACUUGGUGGAGUCAAAUUCAAGAAGAAAAUUAUCACCAGAGCCUGAUCAAAACUACGACUGCCAAUCUCCAAGAAACGACAAUAAUUUGAUGAUCCUUGAUGUUCCAAAGCCAAAGAAAUCUGAAGGCAAAUGUGUUGGAUCAAGAAAGAGAUAUAUCCGUAGUCACAAUUACUUCAACAUUUGUGAUCAAAUUUACAAGAUGACAGAUGGUGAGGUAGCUGAAUCAAAUUGGUUACACAGAAAGAACAUGAUGAGGCAUGAAGAUUUUGAAGAAAUUUCUGCAGAUUUAGGGUCACAAAUCCUUGAUCAAUCACUAGAUGAGCUGGUUCAUCAACUUAUUGGACUUGCCAUGUAAUGUAGACUUAAUACAUGUAAGAUUCUGUAAAUUUUGAUAUUAAACUAAAGGAACAACUUCUUAAACCCUUUUUCAGAAUUUCAAUUCAUUCUUGUUCAACAGUAAUACCCCACCUGCAGAAUUCAAAUUUGAACAUGGUGGGCUACAAGU